AAAGUUGAAUUUACAGGUUUACAGUUUGCAAAGUGCAAACUCUAAAAAAAUAUUGAGGCAUAUUGAGCAUGACUAGAAUAACAAUAUUAUAAAUUAUUUUGAAUAAUAGCCAAAUGCCUCCUAAGAAAAACACUACCACCGGAUCCGUUUCUGGUGACAAAAAACCAAACAAACCAACACGGAGGCGGAGAAAAUGUGUAGUCAAAAAGUCUUCCAAGGUUUGCAAGGAGUUUGGAAUGUCUAUUUAUGCUUUUCAAGAUGAUUUAGGUGCCGAUAUCGCGAUCAGUUGCAUAAAAGAUGUAAAACCAGUGACCAGAGGCAUAAAAAGAAAAGUUACCCAGAAUAAAUUUGCAGUUGUUAACAAUGAGCAUACAGCAAAUGACAGUAAAAAUACUGAAAGAAACUCUUCCAAUAAUAAUCAACCUGUUGCUAAGAAAAGAAGAAUAACUCGUAAAUUAGAAAUUAAGUCUAGUAUGGUUACCAGAAAUUGUAAAAAAAAUCCUCAAGUUGAGAAACAAGAAGAGGGUGAAGUAAAAUCUAAAAUUCUGACAUUAAAACAUAAAGUAAUUCCUAAACAUCUUAACAUUGUAAGAACAUUUGUCAAUGAUUAUGUGCCUGAUAAAGUUACUUUAGAAAAUGAUACAAACUCAGUGACACCAACAUUAAAUACAACCACUAAAUGUUUUAAAGUUUUAACAUAUGAUAAUCUUAAAAAAAAUCCAAUUAUUAUACUUAAAAAACUUGUUGUAAAUGAUAAUAACAGUAAUAUAAGAGAUGAAUCUGAAAAAUCUUUGGAAAAUAAUAAUCAUUCUAAUACUACUAAUGGACAAACUAAUUGUGGAAAUAAUGUAGACCUUGGUUCUGAUGCUUUAUCGCAAGAUACUUCACCCAGUAGAGACCCAUCUCAGGAGUUGGGAUUAGACCAGUUGUUUUUCUUAGAUCACUACAUAUCAAUGUUACACCAAUAUACUGGAUUCAGCCCUGAAAAUAAUGUUGACUUUUCAAAAAAAAAAUUGCAUUUAAAUAUACAAACACAAGAGUUAAAAAAUAUUACAUCUGGAGGAAUACUUAGAAGUGAUGCUUCUUGUAGUGAUUAUGUUAAUACUGGAUCAAUAACACUUAACACACAAAUACAUGAGAAAAAAUUAAACAAUACACCUGAACCAAAUGCUAAAGAGCAAGUACCUGAAGCUGUUAUAGAAGGAUUGGAUUUUGACCCAGACAGUUUCAAUUAUACUGAUGAUGAUGAUGAUGAUGACACCAUAUCACUUUUUGCUGAAAGCCUUUCAAGUUUUGAAACAACUCCUAAGAUACCUUACAACUCUAAAGUAGAUAAAUAUAAACCUAUUGUAGACAGUAAAGAUGAUACUGCCAUCUUCAAAAUCCCAAAACCAGUAGUACUUAAACACUGUAUUAAGGUUUGUGAGAAGCAAAAAGCUGACUCAACAUCAUUUGGAUUAUCUGAAGUUUCUGAUAAAAAAGUGGAGUUAAUGAAACCUACAACAAAACUUGACAACAAGUUUACUACUAAAACAACAAAAAGUCGCGUUUUAUCCCCAGUCUUGCCAGGAUCACACACACCAAUUACAUUUGUAAGAAGUGCUGUCUUUAAAGGCAUCUGCAUUUUCAACAUAAUGAAAAAUUGCAAGAAUAGCAAGUGCAAUUUCCCACACACUAUUCUGACACAAAGUUUUGUGAGUGAAAAAUUAGUUGCAUUGACUGAAGAACAAUUCCACCAAGAAUACCUAAUGGUAUGUAAGAAGGCUCAAUUAUUAAGGGUGUAUGGACUAGUAUAUCUAAAUGAAGGUAUUCGUCGAAAAAAUUAUAGAAUAGUAGUAGAAAUAACAUUAUAUGCUCUAAUUAUUUUUAAUCAUACCCAAGACAAGCAAAUGAUAACUGAAAUAAUUGAAAGAACGUUGUUAUAUUUGAAUCAAGUGAAUUUGAAAGAAAUUUGUGACUUGCUGAUUUCCGAGUUUAAACCAGGUGUUCAAGUGUGUGAUAAGUUUUUAGAAGUAAUAGGGCAAACUCAAAACUUCUCUAGAUUUAAAAUAGUAUUUGUGAAGUUGGCAAUGUUUAUGUGUGAACAAAAUAGGACUUUUAAAAGUGACACAGUGUCUCAGAUUGUAGAGAGGUUGUGUAUUUUGCCGUAUUCGUUUGAUUUGGCGCGGGCGGUAGUAGAUAUAUUGAAGAGGACUGAUAGGAUAGUGUUUUGUAAUUCAAUGAUUAAUGUUUUUGAGAGAAAACUUUUGAAAUUUGACAAUCCGUUGCUUAAUGAAUUUGUUAAGUUGAAAGACCAAUCUAAUAAUCAAUGCACAAGAAUGGAUGAUGGUGAUACAAAGUGGAAUAUAUCUGAUAAAGCCAUCAGGUACUCCCCCGAUACAACAAACAAAGACAGUCUGGAUAGACAUGAACAAGUGGAAGUCGGACAGCCAGACCAAUCUCAACAAAGUAGACCGCGUAGGCUACAUCCUAAAUUCAAUUGGGGCAGUCCAGGUCCUGUGAACCAAUUCCACAGAACAUUUAGACCUCAGGCUAAUUAUGGACAAACUCCGAGACUAAGGCCCCAAAAUAACCCAAGGCAAAGAUGGCCAAAUCGGCAUGAACGCCUAAUGGCACACAUACCAUCGCUAAUUAGCCUACGUUUACCCUCACUACAAAAUAUACCUCAAAGGAAAAAUAAAGGGCCGUUUCGAUAGGUUAUAAGUGAUUUUGUAAAUAUGUAAAAUGGACAUUUAUGGUACAAUUGUUUAUAACUCUGUAGUGAAAAGCUAAGUCUGUGGUGUUACGUAUGAACAGUCUCUGUUAAAUUUGAAAAGUUUAUCAAAGUGUGCAUAUACCAAAUAGAUAAUUGAAUUUCGUUAUGA